AUGCAACCCUUCCACCCCAUUCGCGGCUCAAUUUCUCCACUCGCACUCGAGUUUUGUUAUUCAUUUUGCGUUUUAUCAUUGGCAGCAACUCAGUGACUGCGGUCCAUGUAUUUUCAAAUGUGCAGGGACCGGCCAGGCAGUUUUGGAUCGAGGUUUGUUGAACCAUUUUCGGAAAGUUAUCAAAUAUUGAUCAUGGGCCGAAUUUGUGAGGUGUUUUGGUGGUUUAAUUUUCUUCCAGUAAAAACUCAAGAGAAAGAUUCAAAUAGUCCGGUCUUGAAAUUUUAUUGAACAUUUCCUGAAGCGUAUUUUGAUGCGCAGUACAGCAAGGUUUUUUUUUCCGCUUCCCGCUUUUUAUUUCAAGUUAUAAAUUCUAAGAGUUCCUACAACUCAAUUCUAGUGGAGAAAACCAUGGUUUAUGAUAUGCUUGAGGUCCAAGAACUCUUCUCGAAAGCGAACGUUAGAAUAUUUGUUUCUUGUAAAUAGGUGCUUCAGAAUACACCUAAGCAGUUUUUAAUUGAAAUAAAAGUUCAAAGCCGAACUGUUUGAACUUCCCUUGCCAUAACACUCCAUUUAUAAAAUACGUGCAAACGACGAGUGAAAAAAAAAACCCUCCAUUUAACAGAUUAUAAUCUCAGAACGCUCCUUGUAAACUUGAAGAAAGUGCGAUGGAUCCGCGUACUACCCUUUUCUUCACCUAUAGAGAACUCCUAACUGUUUUAUUCUUCAUUUUUCUCUGCGCUCUUUUACCUUUAAUAGAAAUGAUCUUCUAUGGCGUCGACUCAUACUUGUACGUUUAGCGUAUUCCGCACGAGAUGGUUAGAAAAGGCCAGAAGGAUAUAGCUGAUUCACGGCUAGCUUGGGACGCUAAGGGGGCGUGUACUGUCUGCGCUCUCCACGAGGCAGGCGCUAUCUCGUACAUUAUCGUGUCAAGAACAUUUUUUCGAUGGCUCAAGCAACCCGCGAAUCAGCUAUAGCUUACCCUUUUCGAGGCCCUCAAAAAAAACUGCUGAGAACAGUUCUCAAAGCCUAGUUUGCACAGAAAUUUCUUUCGUUAAAUGAAAAUUCAAGUAUGAGUUUUUUUUUUAUAUCCAGAAUUUUUUCAGACGGAUCAAAUCGCCCAGUUCAAUUAUUUCCAAUCAAACAAGACAAUAUCAACUCAACUUUCUACGCGCUCUUCUUAUUCAAGUUUAAUUACAUGUCACACUUAGCGAAAAUAUUUUUUUUCCCAGGAAUGUGCUCCAAUCCUCAUCGCCUAUCCGGAACCAGUGGUUUAUUGUUUUUUUAGCUCGAUCACCUGGGUAAUGUCAAUAAGUAGGGCUUUCUUGAAAUUCCUCUUCCCGUUGGCAAAACCCAAAAAGAGGUCUAAAAUAUCUGAGUGAAAUUUUCAGGUCUGAACAAUUUUUCGAUGGUCCUUAUCCUUAGUCACGGUCUUCUAACGAGUCUCGCGAUUCUCUCGGUGAAUCGGCCUUAUCGAGACUUUAUCCUUCGAUUCGCCAAUUUCAAGAAGAUGAGAAAUAACACGAAAGUUUCAGUAAGCGUUCUUUCUUAAUGGAGAUAAAGCAUUCAAUUAUUCUUUGUGUUUGAAAGAUGUGUAGACAAACAUUUUUAAAUGCAUUAAUCUUGGGUUCACAGGUGCUUUUUUUCGAAGGCGUAAACUCUUACUUCAAACCGCUGAUUAUUUUUUUCGCUCACACACGGUUUUUUCUUUUUCAAUCUUUCAACUGUUUUUUGCGCUAUUCAAAUCUCAAUGGGGUGCUUCUCUUAUCAUAAAGAAGAAUAUUUUCUCGCUUUGAGGAUUUUAUCAAUCACUGAAACUUUUUUGUUUUUCCUCACUUCAUAUUGCGUCGUGUUUCGAUCGCCGAAAUCAAUGCAAACGUUCAAAUGGUUGUUGAUGAACCAGCAGAGUUGGUGAGUCUUUUUUUUUUGGUUCAGAUUGGAUAGAUUAGCUGAUUUUUCAAAAUGGAUGAGUAAAACUUUUUCUUUUGACUGUUUUUUUUUUGAUAAAUUUUUGAAAAUAUCAUUUAUUCUUUAUGCAAAAAUGUGUUGUAAAAGCAACAUAAGCGAGUUUCAAAAAGCUUCAAAGUUUUUUUAUGAAAAUGUUUACAGGAUGCUCGUCUUUCAAAUUUUCGUGUGUGACUUAGCGAAGCCAGUAGUCUUUUUCCCAAUUUUCGGAUUCGGUACUAACGGUGCAAUGAACGUCUUGUUAACACCGUUCGUUCAAUUUCAAGUCGCCAUGGGUCUUCUAGCAGCUGUUAUCGUUUCUACGACGGCUCUUUUCGAGUAUCGUCAUCACGCAACUCUUUCGUCCAAUUCACGGCUUAAUUUCUCAACUCGUACGAGGGUUCUGAUCUUCGUCAUUCGGUUUUUUGCCGGUUGCAGUGCGGCGAUCGCUCUUCAAGUAGUAUCGGAUGAACUGGAGCAAGGAAAAAAGUAUUGGAUGGAGGUUAGCGGAUAAAAAUGCGAAAAGGCCCCUUUCAUCUGCGAAUAGUCACCAAAGUAUACUCUGAACUAGAGCGCCAAAAGGCCGCCACAACUCUUUCUCUGACGUACACUAUUUCGUCGGUUUCUCGCUGCUAGAUAACGACGAAACAGUGUGUGUCAGAGAAGAGCUGUGGCGAUCUUUUGGAGCCUCUUGUCAGAGUAGCUUUGAAAAUUCAUUUAUAGUUUGUUCAUAUUUUGAAUGUCAAGUACAAUGACGUCAUUCGAAAACGCUCUGUGGAUGGCUCGCUCUCUCAUUGGCUUAUCGGUCCAUUAGGGGCGGAGCUUUAGAAGCGACUUGACAUUCAAAAUGUGAACAGACUAUACCCUUUUUUUCUCUUAUAUUUUCUUGACGCCGACUUCAGAAUGGUCCUUGUCAACUGGAUAAAAGCGAAACCGACGAGAUGUCCUCCUUUUUCUUGAGUAUAAAGGGAAUCGUCACUGGCAGUAUCCUUAUGGCACUUUGCGGCGCGAUACCUAUAUCUGAGAUGAUUUUUUAUGGCGUUGACUCGUACAGGUAAUUAUUUAUACUAUUUGAAGCAAUUGCUGUGCAUUCAGAAGGGUCCGCUCACCUCGCUCAACGAUUUCCAAUCAUACACGCCAACUUCAGCUCAAUUUCUUACGUGCUCUUCUCAUCCAAGUUGUUAUCGAAUUCUCCAUUUUUAAUGAACUUUUUUGUUCCAGGAAUGUGCUCCACUGUUGCUUGCAUAUCCCGAGGCAGCACUUUACAUAGUUUUCAGCUCAGUUACUUGGGUAAUGUCAAUAGGUAUGGCGGCACCUUCAUUUAUUUAAAAGAAAAUUGAAAUUUUCCAGAUUUCAACAAUAUAUUGAUGAUCUUCUUCCUGAGCCACGGUCUUUUCACGAGCCUAGCGAUUCUUUCCGUGAAUCGGCCUUAUCGCGAAUUCCUUCUUCAGUUCGUCAAGUGCAAAUUUAGGAAAAAUAGCGUUAAAAUUUCUGUGAGCAUUAUAUUAUAAUGAUAAAGGGAAGUUCUUGAUGAAUCUGCGUCAUCGUCGAAAAGAGACUGAAAUAUUGAAAAAUGAUAGGUUCUCCGCUCUUUCCUCUUUGAAGGCGUAAACUAUUACUUUUAACCGCUGAUUAACUUUUUUUCGUUCUCAAAUUUUCUUCUUAUUUCAACUCUCGUCUUUCUUUUAAAGCCAUUUUGAGACAAAUGGAGUGUUCUCCCUAUCAUAAAGAAGGAUAUUUUCUUGCGUUGAGAAUUUUAUCGAUUAUUGAAACUUUUUUAUUUAUCCUCACUUCAUAUUGUAUCGUUUUCCGGUCGCCAAAGUCGAUCCAGACUUUCAAAUGGCUGCUGUUGAACCAGCAAUGUUGGUGAGGUUCUAUUCAAAUAUUAAAUAGAUGAAAAUUUAUUUUUAAAUUGGAAUUUGUGAAGAUAUUCCGUUUUACCUCCUAUUUUUACAAGAUUUUUAUGGAAGGUAUUCGAUAGAGAAACUGAAUAAAAUGCACAAAGGAAUAAAAAAAUUUUUUUAUUUUUUUCAAAAAAAAUGGAACUUGUAGAAGUCGUUUUUUUGAAUUUUUAUUUGCAACUAGAUCUGGUGAACCAACAAAAAAAUUAAAAAUUCAAAAAAAGCUUUGAAAAAAACCAAUUUUUUUCAGGAUAUUCGCGCUUCAAGUUUGCAUUUGUGACCUGAUGAGGCCGAUCCUCUACAUUCCAGUCCUUGGCUAUGUUUCUUACGGUCUCCUGAACGAAGUCUUCACUCCAUUUGCGCAACUUCAAAUCGCCAUGGCUUUACUCGCCGCCGUUAUCGUCUCUACAACGGCUCUUCUGGAAUAUCGACAUCAUGCGACGCUUCCAAACGAUUCUCGACUGAAAUUCUCAACGCGUACUAGAGUUCUGAUAUUUAUCGUUCGGUUUUCGGUGGGUUGCAGUGUGGCGAUUGUUCUUCAAGGGCUCUCAGAAGACCAUAUUCGUGGCAGACAGUUUUGGAUCGAGGUUUGUUAAUGGAUUUUCAAUGAAGAGUUGGAUUUUUUUCUUUCGGAAAAAUAUUUUUUUAUUUUUUUGAACUUGAAAAAUUUCAUAUUUUUUUUGAUUAAACGUUUCUUUGAGAGGAUCACAAUCUUGUCUUUAAAAAAAUUUUUCAAAAGUAUAAGAUGAAGACCCUGAAAGUUUCAACUUGAAAAUUUUCUAGUUUUUUUGAGAAAAUGAAUUGGUUUAUUUUUCCUUCACGCGCGCGUAAUAAAAAAACUUGGUUCUGACUGAAUUUCAAAGAAACUUCAUUGAAAAAAAGUUAAAAUGAACAUUAUUUGCUCUAAAUCUGAUACACUCUUGAGAAGAAAAAACAUGCAAAAACUCAAUUAGAAGUGAGCAUUUUUUUGAAUAGCCAAAAAAAUCGUUCGAGAAGAGAUUUUUUUCAUUGAAACUAUAAAUUACUAAAUUACAACUUCAAAGUUUGUAUGAGCCUUGUUAAAAGGAGCAUAUCUCAGAUUGAUUUUUUUGGAUAUUUUUUUCUCGUUGAAAAGUCGAUAAAAAAAUCUUAAAAAAAGAUUAAAAAGAUUAUAUUUCAGAACGCGCCUUGUCGGCUCGAAAAAAGCGCGACGGACAUCUCCACCUCAUUUUUCUUUUCUAUCGAGGGUAUUUAUACUGCCUUACUUCUUGUUUCGCUCUGCGCUGUUCUACCUGUAACUGAGAUGUUCUUCUAUGGGGUGGAUUCUUAUCGGUAACCUUUUUUUUUGUUGAUAUUAUUGGUUUUAAAUAUUAAUUCAGGCGGAUCAAAUCGCCCAAUUCAACGAUUUCCUAUCAAACACGUCAACUACAGUUGAAAUUCCUACGCUCUCUUCUUAUUCAAGUCAUUUUUUUUUUACAAUCCACGAUAUUUAAAUGAUUCUAGGAAUGCGCUCCACUUCUCAUUGCGUAUCCUGAAGCCGUGCUCUACAUCGUUUUCAGCUCCCUCACCUGGGUUAUGUCUAUAGGCUAGUUAAUUCAUAUAAAGUUCGUUACUUCUACUGAGAAAAUAUUUUCAGAUCUGAAUAACGUUGCUAUCCUCCUUCUCCUGAGCCACGGUAUUUUCACAAGCCUCGCGAUUCUUUUCGUGAACCGGCCUUAUCGCGAUUUCCUCUUCCAGUUUGCCAACUUCAAAGAGAGGAAAAACUAUGUAAACGCUUCCAGAGGCGUUAUUUCAGCAAUUAAUUAACUUUUUGGUGCUUUUGUCACUUCUUUCGAAAGCUCAAUUUAUCAUUGACAACAGUUUUUUCGUUUUAAACCGGGACUUUUUGGAGUAAAGUUGUUGAAAAACGUUGCUAGCAGAUUUCCAAGAUACAUAGUGAACUUCUAAUUUAUUCUUUUAGUGUUUCGUGUUUUAAUUCGAUAAUUUUGUUGACUAAAGUUUUUUUUAUGCGAAUCAAACACACUGGAAUUAAGUUAUAGUCUGUUCAGAUUUUGAAUGUCAAGUCAAGCUCCGCCUCUAAUGGCGCGAUGAAUCAAUCAAAGAGCGAGCCAUCCACAGAGUGUUUUUGAAUGACGUCAUUCUACUUGAAAUUCAAAAUCUGAACAGUCUAUAGUAAUGAUCCAUGAAUUAUUUUUUUUUUUCAAAAUUGAUCUUCCUCCUAACUUUCUUGUUUUUAGAAAAAAGACCUGAAACCCAGGCGUUUAAAAAUCGCUUCAACCAAAAAAUCUCUGAAUGGCUGAUCUCCGCUUUUCUUAUUGUUUUGAAACGACAUUUUUCUAUCAGACGACAUUUUCCGACAAAGCGAACCUUAAUUGUUUGUAAAGAUCGAAGUGAACGAACUUUAGUAUUCUUAAGUUUAAGCAGGAAGUUUAAAGGUUCUUCUUUCACCUGCCUCGUGCUCCAGUUAGGAAGUUGUUGCGUGAAAGUUCUUAAAAUAGACGGGGAAGGCGUAUUUCCAACCUGGUUUUUUUUCCUUGUGAUGAAGUGGAGAAAAAAUAAAGUUAACUACUGAUCUCUUUUCGAAGUAUUUUCUGAUUUUCAAACUGUUAAAUACGGAAUGGAGUGCUCCCCGUAUCAUAAAGAAGAAUAUUUUCUUGCUUUGAGAAUUUUGUCGAUUAUUGAAACUUUUCUAUUCAUCCUCACUACUUAUUGCAUCAUUUUUCGAUCUCCUAAAUCGAUGAAAACCUUCAAAUGGUUGAUGUUGAACCAGCAGUUUUGGUGAGGAUUUUUUUAAUUUUUUAAGUUGAAAGUUUUUCAUACAAAUAAAGCAAACGUAGCAAAAUUUUUUUAAAAUGUACUUUUUUUGAGAAAAAAAUUUCGAAUUUUUUUGUUUCUUUAAAGUGAUAGAUUUAAUUCAUACCUAAUGUUAAUUCUACAAUAAAAAAAACGUUCUUGGUAACUGAUAAACUCGGAAGAAAGUUCAGCUUCUUAUUUUCCAGGAUGUUCCUCCUUCAAAUUUACAUUUGUGACCUUGUGAAGCCGAUCAUCUUCGUCCCUGUCCUUGGAUUUGGGCUUUACGGCGUGCUCAACGACUACUUCACUCCAUUCACCCAAUUUCAAAUCGCCUUGAGCCUAGCGGCUGCUGUUAUCGUCUCUACGACGGCUCUUUUCGAGUAUCGGCAUCAUGCGACGCUUCCAUCCACGUCACGGAUCAAUUUUCGACCUCGUACGAGAGUUUUGAUUUUCAUCAUCCGAUUUUUGGUCGGUUGGGGUGCUGCAAUGGCUUUUAAAGUAUUAUCGUACGACCAGGAACGAGGCAGGCAGUUUUGGAAAAAGGUUAGUGAGGAUAUUUCUGGAAAAAUUUUAAAUAAAACCUCUAAAAUCCAUAUAAGGAGCAUGGGCCGUAUUUAAGAGGGUUUUCUUCAAGUUAAAGCUUCCUAGAAAAUUUUAUGAAUCUGGUUUUUUCGUUGUGAAUUUUGUGAAUAUGUUCUCAGGAGUUCCCUGAUUCCAUCACACAUGUAUUUUUCCCCUUAAUGACCUUAAAUCAUCAUGUUAAAAAAAAAAUUUUGGGCGUUUUUGAAACAUGGCUCAAAGGCGAAAGACGGAGUAGAUCGUUCCUUCUCAUUUUUAUUAGAAUCAGAGUACUUCAGAAUAUAGUCUAUUCAAAUUUUAAAUGUCAAUUCCUCGCUCAAGCUCCGCCCCUAAUGGCGCGUUAAUCAAUCAGAUAGCGAGUCAUCCACAGAGCGUUUCCGAAUGACGUCAUUCUAUUUGACUUCAUUCGAAAACGUACAACAUUUAAAAUCUAAACGGACUAUACACUGCCAAAGUCGGAAGUGCGGAAACGUGGUGCAAAAAGGCUGCAAAAAGGCCGCAGAAAGGCGUCAAAAAGGCAGCAAAAUGAGUCCCUUUAUCGAGCCUUCCCUUUUUCUGGGAUUUUUAAGGGUCAAAAAAUGGUGGAGAAAGGGAGAGGCAGCAAAAAUGAUGCAUAUGUGGCGAUGAAAUGGCGCAAAAAGGCAGAAAAAGGAGCCUUUAUCACCUUAAAAGGAACCUUUCUUUAGUAUUUUUCCACCCUUUCUGACUCUGUCUAUGAUAUCUCAGCAACUAUACAAGAAAUUCUCGAAAAUUUACUAUUUGAAUAAAAAAAAUAGUAUGCUCAAACAGAUGAACUAGAAAUUCAGAACGCUCCUUGUCAACUCGAAAAAAGUGCGACGGCAAUUUCCAGUACAUUUUUCUUCACCAUCGAAAAUAUCUACAUCGGUCUAGUUAUUGUUAUAUCUUUCGGAACAUUAAUUUUAGCUGAAAUGUUGUUCUAUGGAAUCGAUUCAUAUCGGUAAUGGAAGUUGAAGUUUUGAAUUUCCAACGCAAUUUCAGACGGAUCCGAUCGCCAACUUCAACGAUUUCAAAUCAAACUCGGAGAAAACAGCUCAAUUUUUUAAGGGCUCUUCUUAUCCAAGUUUACAGUUACUUGAUGAUUUUUCAUGAUUUUUUUCGUUUCAGGAAUGUGUUCCAAUGUUCAUUGCCUAUCCGGAAGCUGUAUUCUAUGUCCUUUUCAGCUGCCUCACUUGGUUCAUGUCGAUAGGUUCGUUGAGUUGAAAAGUUCACUGUUUUGAAAAAAUGCUUCAGAUUUGACAAACUUUUCGAUUAUUCUCAUUUUAACCCAUGGUCUUUUUGCAAGCAUUGCGAUUAUUUUUGUAAAUCGGCCUUAUCGCGAUUUUGUCCUUCAAAUCGCCAACUGCAGAAGGAGGAGAAACAGCAUAACUUCGAGAAAUUUCAAAUUAUGA